AUGGAUAAAGCGCUCAUGGCCCUGUCGCUGGAUGAAGAAGAUACUCCGUUCGCCAUGCCGGAGCUUCCAGAGUUCAGUUCGGCCGAGGACAACAAACUAAGCUUGAUUGGAAGGAUCCUCAACCCUCAGUGUCAGAAGAUAUCGACUCUGAUUAUGAGGAUGCCGCGAAAGUGGGAGAAGGAAGGUCGAGUGCGUGGGAUUGCCUUAUCUCAAGAAAGAUUUCAGUUCAUCUUUCAGAAUGAACAUGAUUUACUUGAUGUGCUGGAGAAAGGAGUUCACACAUUCAAUGAGUGGGUAAUAGCGGUGGAAAGGUGGGUUGAAAACCCUUCAGAAGACUAUCUGCAGUUUGUUCCGAUUUGGGUUCAAAUCAGUAAUAUCCCAGUCAAUUGUUACACGUAUGAAGCGCUGACAGCACUCGGUGAUUUGGUGGGAAAGACAAUGGUCGUGGCCUUUGACCCGACAAAGCCAAUAACCCAAGAUUUCAUUAGGGUCCAAGUGAAGUUCAACGUAGCAAAUCCCCUCAGGAGGUCUAAGGUGAUUACUAUCAAAGGAAAGCCGACAACGAUUCUCUUUCAUUAUGAAAGAGUUCAGAAAAGAUGCUUCCACUGUCAAAGGCUUAACCAUGAGAAAGAUCUCUGCCCUUUGGUGGUUAGACAGAGGCAAGAGGAAUCUAGAGUAAGAAGAGAAAAGAUGACAGAAAGUUUGAAAAAGAAGCAAAGUAUUUUAACUGAAGAUGAUAUUCUCUUUGGUAUCAUUGAUGAAUCCCUCGUGGGUACUGACCCUGCUACUGGUAGAUGCAAGAUCGCAAAGGAUAUUCUUGAGGAAAUGAGGAGGUACAUGAAGGCAGAUACUGGAGAUAGUCAUGCUGUUAAGGUAGACAGAGUUCAACAAUCCCUAAAGGAAACGUCUCAGGGGACUAUGUAUCAGAGAGCUACGCUUCGUUUGGAAGUUCCUCCAGUGCUUUCCUCUGAUUCUGCUGAGAGUCUUAAACCCCAUAUUUUGGACUAUUCUACGGUUUUCAGAGCUGGCUCACUGGCACCAUGCUCUUCCGGGAUAGCUAAGAAUACGGUUGGGGCUAGAAGAAGACCCCCGAAAGCUAUCAGAGAUCAGAGGAAGCGUGACAUUCCUAUUCAGGAACCAUUGCUAGAGCCUGACAGUAGAGAAGGGAAGCAGAUUGUGAACAGUAAAAAGAGAAAGUGUGUAGGGAACGAGGAAGAGUCAAGUUCAACAACCAAGGCGGUUUGCCUAAAGGUAGUCCCAAAGGAGGGACUGCCCAAUGCCCAAUGA